AUGAAUAUCCCAUCGGGAAAAUAUUAUGUUCAAGAAUUUUUUUAUGAAACUCAAAGGAUUAUUCAUAUACAUCAAGAGAAUCGGCCUAGUUUAAGUUUUCCAAAAUGGAAUGAACUUGCAACAGUUCCACCAAAGGCGCAAUACAAAGAAAAAAGAGAUAUUGUCAUUAAUGACAAUACACCAUUCACUUAUAUGAAACGAGAAAGUCACAAGAUAUCACAAAAAUUCCCAAAAAUAUAUCAAUUACGAUGGAAUAGUUGGCUUUGCGAUAAUUCACUUACCGUCCGAGCUAUUAUUAAUGCAGUUCAAUAUAUAUCAGGACAUUAUGAGGUUCAAGAAUUUUUUUACAAACCUGGUUCUCAAGAUUAUUUUGAUAUUUUAGUAACUGCAAAAGCAACUAUACAAGAUCCGUAUGCUUUGAAAGCUUGCGAAUAUAAACUUACAUACUUCGAGAACUUUGAAGUCAAAUUGAACGUAGGCGUAAAAGAGCUUUUGAAGUUUACUUUUGAAGAUAAAUCAAAAUUGUCUGCAUGGAUUUCCGCAGUAUUUUAUUGGGCCAAGCCCGGCUCAGAGUCACUCAGACUUUUCAUCAAUGCAUAA